UGUAAUUAUUUAACAUAAUUAUAAAUGUAUAAAUAAUUUGAUAAUAAAUUAAAAAUUAAAUGGCGAAUAUGGACUCUGUCAACCAUAGCCGAUUGAAGAACCGUACACAACAUAUAUAAAUAUGUCACGAACAGGCACGAAACUUGACUCAAAAAAAGUUAAUUCUGAAUUGUUUACAUUGACAUAUGGAGCAUUGGUAGCCCAAUUAUUAAAGGAUUAUGAAAAUGUAGAAGAUGUAAACAAACAGCUGGAAAGAAUGGGUUAUAAUAUGGGAAUUCGUUUAAUAGAAGAUUUCUUAGCUCGAACUGGAUCUGGUCGGUGUUAUGACUUUCGAGAUACAGCUGAGAAAAUACAAACUGGGUUUAAAAUAUUUUUGGGAAUAACACCGACGAUCACAAAUUGGAGUGCUGCUGGUGAUGAAUUUUCUUUAUGUUUUGAAGCAAACCCAUUAACAGAAUUUGUUGAAUUACCAGAUCAUUGUUUAAAUUUAAAAUAUUGUAAUGUAUUAAUUGGAGUAUUAAGGGGAGCUUGUGAAAUGGUACAAAUGGAGAUUGCCUGUUGGUUUGUACAAGAUCAACUAAAAAAUGAUAAUGUAACUGAAUUACGCGUUAAAUUUAUUAAAAGAUUAGAAGAUGCUAUCCCAGCAGGUGAAGAUUAAAUAAUCUUGUUAUUAAAGGUUAUGGAAGUGAAGUGCAAACGUUGUAGAAAAAAUCUUUUUAAUAAUGAAUCUUUUUUAUUAUUUACUUCCCAUAAUGAAAUCAAGAAAAAUCCUAUGGAUGUUGGAUGUGAAGCAAAUGAUUCUGAAUCUUGUUCAUAUAUCUCAAUGGAAAAGCUGCCUAAAUGGAUUGAACAUGCUAUAAAUCAA